AUGCGCUCCCAAAUAGCCCAACAGAUGAGACGAGCUGUCACAACUACAUGCGCCAGAACACCUCCAGCCCGCACACCCUUCAUCUGUGCAAACUGCCGUGUGCAAGUCGAAAGAGGCGUCCCAUCCCCUCGAGCAUUUACCAUUUCCUCCCAACACAGACAAAACUCCAGCGACAAACCUCGAAUACCCGAAACCCACUACGACUUCUUCCCAGAAACAUUCCCUCAAGGCCCACCACCCAGCGCCUCCUUCUCGCCCGAUCUCCGCCAAUUGCGCAAGGAAUUCCUACAACUGCAAUCAAAAGCACAUCCGGAUCUCGCUCCUCCAGAUCAGAAAAGACAUGCUGAAGCACUGAGCAUGCGUAUCAAUGAGGCGUAUAAAACUUUACAGGACCCUCUGCGGCGGGCACAGUAUCUUCUGGCGCAGAGGGGAAUAGAUGUGGAAGAUGAAUCGGCAAAGCUUUCGGAAAGUGCCCUGUUGAUGGAGGUCAUGGAAGCCAGGGAGGCUGUGGAUGAGGUGGAGAACGAGGAGGAUCUUGUUGCUUUGCGAGCGGAGAAUAAUGCUCGGAUAGAGAAUAGUGUGGCCGUGCUUGAGGAUGCCUUCGCCAGGGAAGAUUUGGAAGCCGCGGCGCAGGAGGCGAUCAAGUUACGGUAUUGGUGUAAUAUUGCAGAGAGUAUACAAGGAUGGGAGAAGGGAGUCGGUGGUGGGGCAAUACAUCAUUGA